GGGGAGCCUCCAUUCGCAUCGCACCUGCCAUUCCCCAUUUUUCCUCUCCACUCGCAGCGGACCGGAAAAUCUCUCCGGCGGCGCCGCCGCCGCCGCCGGCGGCGAAGCGCCAUCCUCUCCGGUCUCUCCUCCUCUUCUCUUCCUCCGUGCCUUCACCUGUCUCGCCAGGGCGCCGCAUCCCCGCCUCCGAAGCACCAUCCCAUUCGCACCCGCCUCCAUAGGGAAUCAAUCUCUCCGCCGCCGCCGCCGCCGCCAUGCUCCGCCUCCGUGGCUGCAUCCUCGUGCGGCUCCUCUCUUCCCCCGCCACCUCCCAGGGCCCCCCUCUCCACCGCCCCCUCUCCGCGGCCGCCGCGCCCGCCGUUUCCCCAAACCCUAGCUUCGCCGCCGACGACUACCUCGUCUCCACCUGCGGCCUCACCCGAGCCCAGGCGCUCAAGGCCUCCGCCAAGCUCUCCCACCUCAAGUCCCCGUCCAAGCCCGACGCCGUCCUCGCCUUCCUCGCCGGCCUCGGCCUCUCCGGCGCCGACGUCGCCUCCGUCGUCGCCAAGGACCCGCUGUUCCUCUGCGCCAGCGUGGAGAAAACCCUGGGGCCCAUCGCAAUUGAGCUCGCCGGCCUCGGCCUGUCGCAUUCCGAGAUCGCGCGCCUCGUCCUGCUCUCCUUCGUCCACUUCCGUUCCAGGUCCAUUGUUUCCAAGCUGCAGUACUACCUGCCCCUGUUCGGCUCCUCGGAGAACCUCUUCCGGGUGCUGAAGCUCGGCUACCUCGCCGGUGCUGACAUCGAGGGGACGGUCAAACCCAACGUCGCGCUCCUACGGCAGUGCGGGCUAGAUGAUUGCGAUAUCACCAAGCUGUCCCUCAGUAAGCGCGGAGUCCUGAGCAGCAAGCCAGAGCGCAUCGGGGCGAUGGUGGCAUGCGCCGAAGGCCUUGGCGUGCCUCGUGGCUCGGGGAUGUUCAGGCACGCGUUGGAUGCUGUCGGAUUCCUCGGUGAGGAGAAGAUCGCCGCCAAAGUGGCCUACUUGAAGAAGACGUUCAGGUGGUCAGACGCUGAGGUGAGCAUUGCUCUGCGUAAGGCUCCGUCUGUGCUGAGGAAGUCAAAGGAAUUACUGCAGCGCAGGUCUGAUUUCCUCAUCUCUGAGGUGGGGUUGGAACCGUCCUACAUUGCUGAACGGUCAGUAAUUAUCAAUUACAAGCUGGAGGGCCGGAUGAAACCCCGGUACUACGUUGUAAAGUUCCUCAUGGAAAAUGGAUUGCUCAAGUGCAACCCAGGCUACUACCAGACCGCUUUCAAGGUGAGAGAGAAGGUAUUCAUGGAGAAGUUCAUUUGCCCUCACAAGGAAGUUGCGCCGCACCUCUCUGAAGACUAUGCAACAGCUUGUGAAGGGGUAGUGCCGGCUAGAUUCAGAUUUACAUGAACCAAGGACUGGGUUCUCACCAUGCCUGCGAAGCUGCCUUUUUCAGGUCUGAUGGCUGCGAAGGAAGAUGCAUUCUGGGCUCUAGUGUGUGCGUGUGUACAUUACAUUCAAGAGUCAUAUCAGGUACUCUAAUUUGGAUCGAUCGCUAUGGACAAUGGUCGUGCCAGCUUUAGUUUGGUGCGCAGAGAGUAAUAAUCUUCUGCAACUUAUUACCCACAACCUGAUACUACUGGUCUUUCUUCUACCUUCCCACUAUUUUGCAUUGAUUUUUUUUGCCCUUGCAUCACUUACUUGAUAACCUGUUGGCACGUUGCACUUGUCUAUUGCACAUAUAUAUAGCGGAGACCAGUAGCUUGUGGAAAUUAGUUGACAACUGAGGAGGGAGAGGUUGCAGAGGGAAUUGACGGCGAAUUUAAAUCUAGACAGUCAGAAUACCGACACGAUGGGGGCUAUGGCAUUGGCAGGCCAUGAAGAAACAAAAGUAUUUUACAAUUAUGUAUGUGUCGCCGGAACCUCCCUCGGCUCGGCGAGAAUCGACGUAGAUCCUGGCACCAAGCUCCAUGAAACUAGAGCAUAACUACAGUAGCAUGACCUCCUUGAAAUUUUCAUAAACUCGAAAGUUGAUCUUUU